UUGGCUAUCGGAGCUCAUAUCCUGGCAUUGAGCAUCGUCGGGAUGGCUCUGAUAAUUGUCGGGAUCGGUGUUAGAUCCCUUGUAAUCGCGUUGUUCCUAAUUGCCUACUGUAGCAGUGGCGGCAGAGAAGGAAAUAGAGGAUCAUCGAAGGUCGGGAUCGAGAUCGAGAGCGACGCCGGUGGGAAUAGGAGCAGUUACGACAGAAUGGAAAGCGACGCGGUGGAGAAAAUCAAGUUGGUGUUCUACGAGGACAGGGAGGAUCGGGCGCCAUAG